UUCUGGCACGAAAAGAUCAUGUGGUCUCCCAGGCAGAAGCUACCUUUCGCCUCCCCGCACCUGACGACGAUGCACCUCCGGGGGGUCAUUCUCGACCACGGCAGCCUCGAUUUGCCGAAGCUUCUCCACCUCAGUCUCAGAGCCUGCCGCCUCAAUGCCGACGCCAUCGUGUCGCCCUUGCUGAAGCGCCUCCAUAUCAUGGACUGCGAAUCAGGAUCACCGAUCAGGAUUUCCACCCCGAGCCUCCGUCAUCUGCAGCUAUCCGGUGACCACCAGGGCUUCUGUACUGCACCGUCGUCUCUCGACACCAUGCCUUGCUUAACCAAUGCAAUCAUCCAGCUUACUGACUUAAUCUUGGGUGGCGUUGGUGAUGGCAGUGGCGCCGGCCGCUCUUUGAUUCUCCAUGGCUUAUCGGAAGCCACCAGCCUGCAGCUCAUAGCUACGAUGAACGAUGGAAGGACAAUCUUCCUAAGGGAUUUGGCAUGGUGCCCUACAUUCCCAAAGUUAAAGACCUUGAUACUUAAUGAGUGGUGUGUGUAUGAUGAUGUAAGUGCCAUUGAGUGCCUUCUACGGCACACGCCAAGAUUGGAGAGCCUCAUUCUGCAACUUAAUUUUAAGAACUGCCCUACACUCCAGGUGGAAGGAGAAGGAAAUGAUAAUACAUCAGAACAGUCUAUUCUUAACUUUGAGCACAUUAAGACAGUGGAGAUCAGGAACCGUCCACCUUAUUAUUACGAACCGGUGGUAUAUUUUGACACAAGGAUUGAUGAAGUUUUUAAACUGUUCAGUGACUUGGGCAUACCUAGCAGUAAGAUCAGUAUCAACUACAAUACUGAAGGAAAAUAGAAAAUAUUCAAGUGCUAGCUUCGGUUGGGUUCAAACAGCCAAGCUUAAUUAAUCAGAGAUGGGCGGUAGAGGAAAUUAUGGAUGCGAGUGAUAGCCAACAAGUUAAGCAAUAUAGAGAAUAUUUUUUUUUCAGCAAGAAAUUUUGUGAUGUCCGCUCAUACCGUGCGUGCAUUUUUUUUCCUUUUAUGGUCGUACUAAGCAAUUAUUCCUUAAA